AUUGUGAGUCUUCAGAAAUAUUGAUAGUACGCAUCAUGAAAACGUCGACGAACCAUAAUUAACAUUCCCGCGGUCCGAAGAGAAAUGCUCGAUCAGUAACUCUCCGCCUUACGAUGCUGGCAAGCUGCACCGGGACUAUACUUCGUUCGACGACCGUUCAGCUACGUGAACGCUCAAAAUUUAAUAAAAGGAUUAAUCCUUCGGCGCGCUUAAAAACUACAAAAACAAUUCCUGCUGUUCCAGAAUCUGCAGAUGUUGUGAUAAUCGGUGGCGGCAGCGCAGGAUGCAAUGCUCUGUACCACCUAACAAAAUAUGGUACUAAGGCUGUACUCCUUGAAAGGGCUAAAUUAACUUCAGGCACAACAUGGCAUACCGCUGGAUUAUUGUGGCAUCUACGUCCAAACGAUGUCGAGGUUGAAUUGUUACGCGCCAGUCGAAACACUCUCUCUGACGUAGAGAAAGAAACGGGCAUGGAUCCAGGGUGGACCAAAACUGGAGGCUUGUACCUCGCGCGUUCCGAAUUACGACUGGAGGAAUACUCGAGAUUAGUGACCUUUGGAAAAGGAUAUAAUAUAGAAGCGCGUCUACUUACCCGUCGUCAAACAGUGGAUUUAUUUCCUUUAUUAGACGAUAAUGCUAUAAUAGGUGCAAUGUACGCCCCCGAAGACGGAGUCAUUGACCCUUCUAUGAUGACUGCAGCAUUAACGAAGUACGCCACUACUCAUGGAUCAACGGUCAUUGAAGAGUGUCCAGUAACAAGAGUGUUGAUAGAAAAGAAUUCGUUCGAAUCUGCUAAAGUUUGCGGAGUAGAAACACCUUAUGGAGUUAUUCGAACUGAUUGUAUACUAAAUGCAUCAGGCGUUUGGUCUAGAAGAAUUGCAAAAAUGGCAGGGGUAGAUAUUCCUUUAAUUCCCAUGAAACAUGCUUACGUUGUAUCAGAAUCUAUAAAAGAAGCGCAAGGUUUGCCGAAUAUCAGAGACCAUGAUGGUAGCGUUUACAUUCGACCGCAAGGAUCAUCACUUUGUUUGGGAGGCUAUGAACCAAAUCCUAUCAUCUUAGAAUCGGUCCCCAGAGAUUUUACGUUUGAUCUAUACGAUUUGGAUUGGAACGUAUUUAGUUUCAAUAUGAAAGCAUUGCUACAGCUUAUACCUAAACUAUCUACAGUAGGAAUAAAGACUACAGUGUGUGGCCCAGAGAGUUUCACGCCGGAUCACAAACCCAUAAUGGGGGAGGAUCCUAAUUGUAUAGGACUUUUUUAUUCUUGUGGAUAUAACAGUGCAGGUAUGAUGUUUGGAGGUGGUUGCGGAGAACAAAUUGCCCAAUGGAUAAUUCAUGGUCGUCCGGAAAAGUAUAUGUUCAAUUAUGAUAUCAGGAGAUUUAGUUUUGAACAAGCAAAGGACAUGAUCUGGGCAAAUGAAAGGUCCCACGAAUCGUAUAUGAAAAAUUAUGAUAUCAUCUUUCCACAUGAUCAACCGUUAGCAGGUAGAAACAAUAAGAAGGGAGCACUUCACAACGAGCUUAUUAAGUCAGGUGCAGUGAUGGAAAAUAGUCACGGAUGGGAAAGACCAGGAUGGUUUUUAUUGAAAGGAACCGCUGACAUUUUACAAUAUGAUUACUAUGGUAAUUACGGAACGUCCAAAACGGAGAACUAUAAUUAUGCAACGAUAAUUGAAAAAGAACGUACGUUUGAUUUUCCGGAACACCAUGAGAUUAUUAAACAAGAAGCAUUAGCCUGUAGAAAUCAAGCAGUUUUAUUCGAUAUGUCAUCAUUAAGCAAGUUUUAUCUUUGUGGCCCACAAGUGCAACAAGCAGCAGAGUAUCUUUUGAUAUCUACUGUACCUGAUAAAAUUAAUAAAGCAUUGUAUAGUUGCAUGUUAAAUAAACAUGGUGGUAUUGAAGCAACUUGCACAAUUAUCUCUAUUGCACAUGGUUCUGGCGGAGUUUUAGAUCCUGUAUUUAAAGGAAAAGCAAUGUACAUUGUUUCAGAUGGGGCGACUAGAUAUCAUAUAUGGGUGCAUAUAAGAAAAAUAAUAAAAGAGAAAAAUUUUCAAGUUACAUUACACGAUGUUACAGAUCAAAUUUGUGUACUUUCGAUACAGGGUCCUAAUAGUCGAAAGAUUCUAGAGAAUGUUGCAAAUAUACAUAUGUCGAAUGAAACACUUCCCUUCAUGUACUCAUGUUUAAUUAAUCUGAAUGGAACAUUAGUACGCGUUAUUCGAGUUAGUUUCGUGGGUGAAUUAGGGUUUGAACUGCAUGUUCCAAUAAAUCGUUGCAAAGAUAUUUACCAACUUUUAACGGAUAGUGGUAAAAAAUAUGGUAUGAGACUUAGUGGAUAUAGAGCUCUUCACAGUUUAAGCAGUGAAAAGGGGUAUCGAUUAUGGGGUUAUGAUAUUAGAUCAGAUGACAAUCCAAUUGAAGCAAACCUUAAUCAUCUUUGUAGAGUAAAAGGCGAUUAUCUAGGAAAGGCCAAAGUUGAUAACUGCAUUAAAAAUGGACCAAGAAAACAAUUAGUUCAACUUUAUAUUCAAGACAACAUUCCCUUAUGGGGUUUAGAGACAGUGUAUAGAAAUGGAGAAAAUAUUGGAUACAUAAGAAGAGGUGACACGGCUUUCUUUUUGGGCAAAACAAUUGGUCAAGCAUAUUUAACACAUCCUACAGGUGGUAUGAUAACAGAUGAUUUUUCGAAAACUGGAACGUACGAAAUUGAAAUUAUGGGGAAAAAACAUGCAGCUGAUUUGCAUAAUCAAAGUAUAUUCGAUCCUAAGAAUAAACGGCUACAGGGCAUAUAUACCUGAUAAAACUGAAAAAUUCUAAUAUAUGUCUUGUUUUGUAAAAUAAUCAUUUACCGAUGAGAUGAUCAGCAUUUUUAAUGUUUAUUACAAAUUUGUAUUUUGAUCAGUACAGAAACCUAUUUUGCAAUUUUAUAUUACAAUGUCACCAUUAUUGACUUAAAAGUAUCUUUUUACAUUGUCCCUGUACUCAUUACUGUAUUAUUAUAAACAAUAAAUCUUUUAACCUGCUAGUGGA